GCUAUUAGUGCCUGUGAUCCCAUUGAGGCUCUGUCAGUUCCUGGAAGCUGAGCUGCAGAGUGUCUCUGUGCAGUGCUAUCACCAGCCAUGGCAGAUCCCAGCUCCUUCGCCUCUCCUGAUCACUUCAUCACCAGACACCUGAACCUCCAUCUUAGCCUGGAUUUCUGCAGCCGAGUUAUCAGAGCCUCCACCUCCCUGACCGUGCGAUCCCUGCAAGACAGCCUGAGCCAGCUGGUUUUUGACACCAAGGACCUCACUAUAAAGAAGGUUGCUGUGCAAGGACAAGAUGCCAAAUUUAAACUUGGAGCAAGUCACAGUUUUAAAGGAACGCCUCUGGAAAUAACACUUCCAUUUCCCCUGACAAGGGGGCAGGAAAUUAUUGUGGAAAUCUCCUCUGAGACCUCUCCAAAAUCCUCAGCUCUUCAAUGGCUCAAACCUGAGCAGACUGCGGGCAAGGUUCACCCUUAUCUCUUCAGUCAGUGUCAGGCUACACAUUGCCGGACAAUUAUUCCUUGUCAGGAUACCCCAUCUGUGAAAUUUACUUACUACAGCAAGGUCUCUGUUCCCAAAGAGUUAGUGGCUCUUAUGAGCGCUCUCCGUGAUGGUGAAUUGCCCGAUCCAGAUGAUUGCAACAGGAAGAUCUUCUGUUUCAAGCAAAAUGUCCCAAUACCAAGCUAUCUGGUUGCACUUGUUGUUGGAGCUUUGGAGGGCAGGAAGAUUGGUCCUAGAACAACAGUGUGGACUGAGAAAGAGCUUUUGGAAGCUUCUGUGUAUGAAUUUGCUGAGACAGAAAAAAUGUUAAAGUACGCAGAAGGCUUGGCUGGUCCUUACGUCUGGGAACAAUAUGAUCUGCUUGUUUUGCCUCCUUCGUUUCCCUAUGGCGGCAUGGAGAACCCUUGUCUUACUUUCGUUACCCCAACUGUUCUGGCUGGUGAUCGCUCCCUAGCAAGCGUGAUUGCCCAUGAAAUUUCACACAGCUGGACUGGAAACUUGGUGACAAACCGAACAUGGGAACACUUUUGGUUAAACGAGGGACACACGGUGUAUUUGGAACGCAGGAUUGAUGGUCUUCUUUAUGGUGAAAAUUUCCGUCAGUUCCGAGGCUUGGGAGGAUGGAAAGAAUUGCAAAAUUCAGUUAACACUUUUGGUGCCAGCAAUGUUCUCACCAAUUUGGUUCCCAAUCUACACGAGGUGGAUGUUGAUGAAGCAUUUUCUUCUGUUCCUUACGAGAAAGGGUUUGCUCUCCUGUUUUACCUAGAACAGCUUCUUGGAGGGCCAGAUGUGUUUUUGGGCUUCCUGAAAUCGUAUCUUCAGGUGUUUGCAUACAAGAGUGUGACUACAGAUGAAUGGAAGAAAUACCUCUAUUCCUAUUUUAAGGACAAGGUUGAGAUUCUUGACAAAGUUAACUGGACGGGAUGGAUGCAUACACCUGGCAUGCCACCAGUACAACCUCAGUACGACAUGACCUUGGCUAAUGCUUGUAUCGCUCUUGGCAAUAAAUGGGUUGAGGCUAAGGAAAGCGAUCUGAGCUCCUUCAGUAUUGAAGAUUUAAAAGAUUUGUCCGCAUUUCAGAAAAUUGAGCUUUUAACGCUUUUGCUGCUCAAGGAGCCACUCCCAGUCGCUCAUGUCAAACGCAUGCAAGAGGUGUACAACUUCAAUGAUGUUAAAAACUCAGAAAUUCGAUUCAGGUGGCUUCGUCUCUGCAUUCGGGCAAAAUGGGAAGAAGCUAUUCCCUUGGCGCUCAAAAUGGCAACCGAUCAAGGAAGGAUGAAAUUUACUCGUCCCCUCUAUCGUGAUCUGUACAACUUUGACAAGUCUCGUGAUUUAGCAGUCAGCACCUUCAAGAAGAACAGAUCGUCUAUGCAUCCAGUGACUGAAAUGCUUGUGGCAAAGGACCUUCACGUGGAUAGUUAAUGUCACUUUAGCAAUUAAGAAUUUUCUAACCACCCUCAAUCUUGUGGAGUUUUAUGUGAUCAAAGCUUUGUAUGGCACACAAAUUGGGGACAUUUUAUAUGCUUGCAAUUUUUAUCAUCAUUAAAAAAUAAAUAAAAU